AUGCAGAACCCUAAGUUUUCUGAGAAGCCUGCAGGGCUCAUUGAUCUGUUAGAUUCUGUGCUUUUUACUCCCCGGCUGACAUGGGAUGACUGUUACCAGUCACUCCAGGUCCUCUACACUACUGAGGAGGGGGAACGGAUUCUGGAAGAGGCUGAAAAAUUGGCUCUAGGCCCAGAUACCUUGCUUUCAGGGCCCCCAUGCCGCCCUGGCCACCUGUCUCCAAAACCCUCUGGCUUCUACCACCAAGACAGAUGGCAUUCCACGUUCUGUUCUAGCCGCUCUUUCCCCACUGUGGACAGCAUCCUCAACUGCCUGGCUGGCCGCAUCGUCUACAUGAUGGGGGAUUCCACACUUCGGCAGUGGUGGGAGUAUCUGCGAGACACAGUGCCCUCCCUGAAGCCAGUUGAUCUACAUGUCACAUAUCAGGCCGGUCCCCUGAUGGCUGUGGACACCACUCGGGGGACAGUGUUACAUUGGAGGGCCCAUGGCUGGCCCCUGCGCUCUCUCCGCACCCCCGUGGCCUCGCUCCACUCUGUGGCCAGAGAACUGCAUGGCCUGGCUGGGGCCCCUCCACGGUGGUGGUGCUGGGUGUGGGAGCUCACUUUACCACCUUCCAUCCAUCCAUCAUUGCUCGAAGACUGGCAGGGAUUCGGGCAGCUGUGAAAGCCCUGCUGGACCGGGAACCCAGUACUCUGGUGGUUAUCAAACUGGCCAGUACUGGCUACAAAUCUGUGUAUGGCAGUGACUGGCUCACACUCCAGGUGAACAGGUUCCUCCGAGCUGCCUUUGUGGGUCUCCAAGUGGCCUUUGUGGAUGCCUGGGAAAUGACCUCCAGCUUGGAUCUGCCAGACUACAUCCACCCCAAGACACUCAUUGUCCGUAACGAAGUGGAAUUAUUUCUGUCCUUCAUCUGU